AUGGCAACCGAACAUGUCAUGGGCAUUUCAUUGCCUGCUACUGAGCAAACUACAUCCCUCGGGGCGACAAACACUAGAGACUUCGCUACCAAUGGAUCUUCAGAAACAAACAGUCAGACUACAUCUGUCGGCGAGGAGGAUGUCAGUCGUGAGAAGGAAGGAGAACAGGCACACAACAUGGGUGUAAACCGAGAAGCUAUGGACUCAAUAGACGUGAUCAACCUUCCUUACCGCACGCUCACGGGACAAGCUCGAAUGGCCGAGUACACAGAAGAGCGACCUGGUGGACUGCAGCCCGUCGUCUCCAACAAGACUGGGAAAAGCGAACGGUAUGAGCUCGUGACGUUCACGCCUGGCGAUCCCGGUAACCCGAAGAAUUGGAGCAAGGCGUACAAGUGGUGGUGCACCAUGGUCGUUGCAAUCACUUGCUUCGCUGUUGCUUUCAACAGCGGUGUCAUCACCGCGGAUUUCAUUGGACCGGCAGACACGUUUGGUAGCAGUCGGGAGGUCUCCUUACUUGCCAUCACCUUUUUCGUCUUGGGAUUCGGACUGGGUCCGAUGGCCUUUGCACCGCUGAGCGAGAUCUGCGGAAGGAAGAUCAUCUACGCCAGCACGCUGUUCAUUGCGGUCAUCUUCAUCAUUCCAUGUGCUGUCGCAAAGAAUAUGGCCACGCUCCUAGUAUGUCGUGCAAUCGAUGGAAUUGCCUUCUCGGCACCGAUGACUCUGGUCGGAGGCACGCUCGCCGAUCUCUGGAGGAACGAAGAACGAGGAGUUCCCAUGGCCGCAUUUUCUGCCGCUCCCUUUGUCGGCCCUGCCGUGGGGCCCCUUAUUGGAGGCUUUACUUCCGACCAUCUGGGUUGGCGAUGGCUCUACUGGUUGCAGCUGAUCCUCUCGGGGUUCUGCUACAUCCUCAUCACCUUCACGGUCCCAGAAACAUACGCACCGACGAUUCUUGCGCGCCGAGCGAAGAAGAUGCGAAAGGAACAGAAAAGCGAUCGAUUCGUGACCGAGGCCGAUCUGGAGAUGCGUCCUCUGGGAGAACGACUACGAGUCUUCCUCAUUCGUCCUUUCCAGUUGCUCUUUCUUGAGCCGAUCGUGUUCUUCAUUUCCGUGUACAUGUCGGUACUCUACGGGCUGCUAUACAGUAAGUCAAAGCAUUGGUGAAAGACACGUCUUCAUGUCGGAGAUGCCUGCUUACCUAUCGUGUUCAGUGUUCUUCAUCGCGUUCCCCAUCGUCUAUCAGGACCACAAAGGAUACUCGGCAUCCAUCACAGGACUCAUGUUCAUUCCUCUCGCGCUCGGCGUCAUCAUGAGCGCAUGCUGUGCUCCAUGGGUGAACAAGCACUACCUCCAGAUCUCGAGCAAGCACAACGGGAAGCCUCCCGCGGAAGCCAGGCUGAUUCCCAUGAUGCUGAGUUGCUGGUUCAUUCCCAUUGGACUCUUCAUCUUCGCAUGGACCUCGUACCCUCGACUGAACUGGUUCGGCCCCGCGUUUGGUGGAUGGUGUGUUGGCUUUGGAUUCAUCUUCCUCUACAACGCUGCCAACAACUAUCUGGUCGACUCAUACCAGCAUCAAGCGGCUUCAGCCCUUGCGGCCAAGACCUUUCUGAGGUCUUUCUGGGGCGCUGGAGUGGUACUGUUCACGAUUCAGAUGUACGAUGCCAUGGGUGAUCAGUGGGCGAGUACGCUCCUGGCGUUUAUUGGACUAGCGUGUUGUGCGAUCCCCUUCGUCUUCUGGGUUUACGGUGCUAGGAUCCGCAAAUUCUCCAAAUUUGCUUAUGCCGGUGACGAGGAGAGUAAUACGAAGGGCGCGCAGUAA